AUGUCGGAAUUCACAGGUUUGAUCAAGAUCACCGUGCUGGAAGCAUGCGAUUUGCACCCCACGCCGAGAAUGGCGCGCAUGGGCCAACGAAUCGACGUCCUGACAGUCAAGCUGAACACGUACGUUUCGAUCGACGUGGAUGAAAAUACGAAGACGGGUUCGACCCAGCAGCGUCACAUAAAUCGAACUUUAGCCGUGAAAGGCGGAUCGCCCAAAUGGUGUUACAAUAAUAAGUUCACUCCUACAGUCUCCAAAUGCACGAGAAUACAUUUCCGAAUCUUUCACGAAGACCUAACAGACGACGACUGGGUGGCAGAUACAUCUGUCAAUGUGCCCGAGCUGGAGAUCCGCAAGGAGAUCCCCAUGUGGCUUGAUCUGGAUCCGAAGGGCAAGAUUUUCGUGAAAAUCGAUCUCUAUCGUCCGAUGAAGGAUACAGAAAUUCAAACGCGCCAGUUGGACGACAAGCUCGAGGCUAAUCGCAAGAAACGUCGAAAAGACGCCGUCCGCCGCAAGGUCCAUCGCAAGAACGGCCACAAAUACCUGGCCACCUACUUCAAGCAGCCGACCUUUUGUUCUCAUUGCCAAAGCUUCAUCUGGGGCCUCGUCAACAAGCAAGGUUAUCAAUGUCAGACGUGCUGCCAAGUGAUCCACAAGAAAUGUCUGCACCUGGUGGUGACGAUGUGUUCCGGCGACUCGAAGCACGUGACGGACAUGACUAGCGAGAUCGAUGCGAAGAUUUCGCGUCUCAAGCUCGAGGUGCACCACAAAUGGAAGGACAAGACCUACAAAAGCCCGACAUUCUGCGAGCACUGCGGCAGUCUCCUCUGGGGUCUCUACAAUCAAGGCAUCAGAUGCAAAAGCUGCAAAAUGGACGUCCAUCGGCGGUGCAAGGAGCGCGUAACCAAUUUCUGCGGCGUUGAUCCAAAGCAACUCCGCGAGGCUCUUACGAACAUCAAGGAUCCGCCGAGUAGACUGCCGAGUGUAGAGUCGACGGGAUCGGCCAAGGGCGUCCGAUCGAGCACACAGUCGAUGAGCAUAAAGAACUUCCUCCUUGUAAAAGUACUUGGAAGAGGCUCAUUUGGAAAAGUUCUUCUGGCUGAGCAUAAAGACACGAAGAAUAUAUACGCGAUCAAGGUGCUCAAAAAGGGCCAAAUUAUCGAAGACGACGACGUAGAAUGCACAAUGACAGAACGCCGGGUUCUCGAACUCUCUCAUCCCUUUUUGACGACACUGUACGCCUCUUUCCAAGACUCCGAACGUCUUUAUUUCGUGAUGGAGUACGUCCAAGGCGGCGAUUUGAUGUUCCAAAUCCAGCGCGACAGGAAAUUCUCCGAGUCUCGCUCGCGAUUUUACUCGGCCGAAGUAGCUUGCGCACUGAUGUAUCUUCACUCUCGCAAAGUGGUCUAUCGCGAUCUCAAGCUGGACAACGUCUUGCUCGACAGCGAGGGACACAUCAAGAUCGCCGAUUUCGGAAUGUGCAAAGAAAAUGUUUACGGAAACAACUUCGCGACGACAUUUUGCGGGACGCCGGACUACAUUGCUCCUGAAAUUGUUCGAGAACAAGACUACGGCGCGCCGGUAGACUGGUGGGCCUUUGGAGUCCUUCUUUAUGAAAUGCUCUCCGGCGUGCCCCCUUUCGAGGCGGACAAUGAAGAUGACCUCUUCGAGUGUAUAUUGCACGAUGAAGUCCUCUUUCCGGUUUGGCUCACGACAGAGGCGGUCCAAAUCCUUAAUCAGUUGAUGACAAAGAAUCCGCACGCGCGUUUGGGCACGCGCGGCGAAGACGAAAUCCGCAACCACAAGUUCUUCUCGUCAAUCAACUGGGCCAAGCUCGAAGCUCGUGAAAUCCGCCCCAGCUUCGUCCCGACAAUCACCAGCCCGUUCUCAGUGGAGAACUUCGACCGCGAAUUUACCUCCGGCUCGCCGACCCUUUCGCCAGCCAACUCAUUCAAGAUCUCGCACGCGCAGCAGGAGGAGUUCCGCGACUUUUCCUUCGUGCACGACGAGUUACUCGGCUGA